CUCUCCGAAAAAUUUCUGGGUCGAUAAACGAUUAAACCAUCAUCGUCGCAGUCAGUGUCACCCCCCACGACUGCCAUCCUUGUUUCCUCUCUCUCCCCCGCAUUACUCGUCCCUACGAUUGGGUUCUCCCGCCAACGUCCUCACGGUCUCCCGGUCCUAAUCGGAUGUCAUCCCGCAUAUCGACCCCAGUCUAGCCUGACUUCGCUGCAAUCGCAACUGACGUAUGAUUCCGUCGCAACCCCUCCCACUCUCCGAAGAGUGGACGGAUCCGGAUGCCUACGUCGAGGCCCUCCUUUCCUUCGCGAACUCUUCCGCCAUCUUUAGGCACCUUUGCGGCGGUGUGCAUAUCCUUGAUUUCCUGACCCGCGAGCCGGACCUGUAUACCUCCCUGCUACCAGAACACUGGAGGGCCUUUUUCGACCAGCAUGACAUCCAGGAUAUCUUGGACCUUCUCCUGCGAGAUGACAUCCGACCUCUGUUAGACCAACGUCGGGAGGCCAUCGCGCAUGGUGGAGAGCCAGAUGCAAGUGCACAGUGGAGAGGGGCUCCUCUGCCCCCGCUGGACCUACUGGAGUACAUCCAUCAGAUCCGUCGACUGAGUUUGGGAAGAGACUUCACCCCUCAACAGCCCGGAACACCGACCAUACCCAAAAAGAUCGCGGUGGGAAUGAACGUGAAAAAGUACCAUGAGGUGGCGCAUUUUUCCAAAUAUGUUGAUUCCUUGUGUGCCACGGUGGACGAACAACGAGGCGAUCCGAUCACACACGUCGUCGAUUUCGGAUCGGGCCAAAGCUACCUGGGGCGUACACUUGCGUGUCCUCCUUACAACAGACAUAUUGUCGCUAUCGAACGGAAACAUCAAUUCAUCAGCGGGGCGAAAGGCAUGGAUAUCCAUGCCAAAUUGCAGGAAAAGAAAAGAGUCAACAUGUACAACAAGAAGCUGGCAAACUGCAAGACCUGCGCGGAACCAGAGGCACCCGCAGCGACAAAUACAGACGCUGGAGAGACCGCAGAUGGAAAGAACAGUGCUACAGAGGGACUCACGACUGUGGCGGGCGGAGACGGAGAGGAUGUGGCCAUGAUAAACGUCUUUCGUGACAUUAGCCUUGCGCCAGGCGAGAUUGGCUUCGCGCCGUAUCGCAAUGUCCCCAAAGCUGCUGCAGAGGAGGAAGUGGAUCCGGAGAAACCGAGAGGGAGAAUGGACUACAUUGAGCAUGAGAUCAAGGACGGUUAUCUCGAGCCCAUCAUCAAAGACGUUAUCGAGGCUGCGCCUGCGGAGGCUGAGACCCAAACUUCAGGCGAUUCCGGUGUGAACACCGACAGCAACGCCAAUGGCAAACCAAAGGACGCCAACGUCAUGGUCAUCUCUCUGCAUUCUUGCGGCAACCUUCUCCAUCACGGAGUUCGGUCUUUGACUUUGAACCCUUCAGUCAAAGCCAUUGCCAUGAUUGGCUGUUGCUACAAUCUCGUCACCGAGAGGCUUGGCCCUGCGACCUACAAGCUUCCCAUCCUCCGGUCUAUGCAUCCCCGCUUGACGAAGGAUGCUGUUGCCUACGACCCCCAUGGCUUCCCAAUGUCGAAGCGCUUUGAGGAUUACGAGCACGAGAGUGGAACUGGGAUGAAACUAAACAUCACCGCCCGCUCGAUGUCCUUGCAGGCUCCCUAUAACUGGAGCAGGAAAGACAGUGAAGACUUCUUCACCCGCCACUUUUACCGAAGUCUUCUCCAGCGUAUGCUCGUGGAUCGCAAGAUAGUCCCGAAGCCCAAGAACCCGGACAACCUCUACGAUGAGUCAAGCGAUCCCGAAGAUGCAGGGAACCCUUUGAUCGUAGGGUCUCUGCGAAAGUCCGCUUUCGUUUCCUUCUCGGCCUACGCUCAUGCUGCAGUGACCAAAUUGGGUCGCGACCCAAAUUUCGGCGACAAAGUCAAAGCCGGGAUGGCAGAUCUGUCCGAGGAAGACUUCGAUCGCUAUGUGAAGGAAUACUGGUACGCGAAGAAGAACCUGAGCGUGGUCUGGAGCUUGAUGGCUUUCAGUGCCGCUCUGGUCGAGGCCAUCAUUGUCGUUGACAGAUGGCAAUUCCUGCGCGAGCACGAGUCAGUGAAGGAGUGCUGGGUUGAGCCCGUGUUCGAAUACAAGGAGAGCCCAAGAAACUUGGCUGUCAUUGGAAUCAAGAAGUGAUCUAGAGUUUUGCCAAUUGUUUUUGGCAUUCGAUCGAUUCAGUCGCCUAUACUGCCGGAUAUCUUGGAUAAGCCCCGGCUACAGUCCUAACCCUGGCGGUUUCGCCUGCGGGGUUACUUCAUCGCUGAUUAAGUUUGCCUGGCAAUCAAAGACUUCCUGGCAUGGGACCGGAUUGGUUUCGAUGAUGGACUGUGUGGUCAGAUAGAUGGAUAAGCCGGCCCUAGAUGCACCAAAGGGCCAACCAUAGACAUGAUAGGUCUUGGACCUAGCUGCGAUGCGACCACGAGCACAAUGCAUAGACGAAUAGAAUAUGUGAGGGAU